ACGCAGCACGUGACGCGUGAAAGAAACGCGCAUCAAAAUUCUACCGCUUCAACAUGAAAUUUGCGUUCUUCUGAAAAUUCCUUCAAACCUCAAACAGUCAAUUUAGGGUUUUUCCAAAUUCAACUUAUCAGCGUAUCCAAUUUAGGAUUUUCUCUCCUCACACUUUAGGAUCGCCCUUCAAUCUCAAUUCGCACAGUUGGUGUAGGAGGUUAUUGUGUUUUCAUGCUUUAAAAUUUGCAAAUGAGUGAUACAAAUGAAAACGAUGAAGUGGAUCAGGGUGUUCCGGCGAAUGUUGAUGUAGAGGAAGCUGACCAUGUCAUUAGUGAAAAUGAAAAUUCAAAUCAAGCUUCAGUUAGUCCAAAAUUAGGAGAUGAUGAUGAGAUGAUUAUUGAUAAUCUUGCUGGUUUGGAUUCAUAUCUUGAUCAAGAGAUGCAUCUUGAAGUUCAACCGGUUACUGUAGAGGAAACUUCAAAGAAUGUUGAAAAUGUGUCAAAUGAUGUUAAAAUUGGGAAGGAAGAGGUGCAUGCUGAGGAUGAAAAUGUGAAACCCAAGGUUGUUUCAGAAGGUGUUUCACAAGAAAAUGUUAAAGAUACCCUUCAUUCGGUUCCAGUUGAAGCGGCUGAUGCUCAUAUUUUGGAUACAGCUGAGGGUGAAGAUGCUUCUGAUGUGAAGGUGGACGCCAAAAAACUUCCUCUGUGUAGCAACGGUGUUGAGAAUGAUGAUAUUGCAUGUCAAAAUAAUGUUAGUGAUGGUGAUGUUGAAAUGAUAGCGGUGGAGGUUGAGGUGAAGCCUGAAGUCUGUGAAGCGGCUGUUAGUAAAGCUUGUGAUCUUGAACCUAUAUUGUUGAGUAAUAACAAUCCUACUACACCACAACCUGCCUCUUCUGAUGCAAAUGAACCUAUACUGUCAAAUCAUAAUGAUCCUACUACACCACAACCUGCCUCUUCUGAUGCAAAUGAACCUAUACUGUCAAAUCAUAAUGAUCCUACUACACCACAACCUGCCCCUGAUGAUACAAGGCCAGAAAUCAAGAAUGUUUUAGAAGUUAAAAGUAAGGAUGGUGAAGAGCAAGUUGCUGAGCCUGUAGAUAAUGAAAACCCAGAUUCACCGCAGAACAUGUUUUUCUUGGAUGCUGAUCAUUAUUAUGACGGAAAUGAGUCGGGAACAGAAGAGGACCAAGCAGCUUUUAUGAAGGAGCUUGAAAACUUCUUUAGGGAGAGGAGCAUGGACUUCAAACAUCCCAAAUUUUAUGGAGAAUGGCUUAAUUGCCUUAAGUUAUGGAGAGCUGUAAUGAGAUUGGGAGGCUAUGAGAAGGUAACCUCAUGUAAGCUGUGGCGGAGUGUGGGAGAGUCUUUCAAACCUCCAAAGACAUGCACCACAGUUUCCUGGACUUUCCGAGGAUUUUAUGAGAAGGCCCUUCUUGAUUAUGAAAGGCAUAACAUAAAAGGCGGCGAGCUGAAUGUACCUAUCGCUUCUCCUCCAGAGCCUGUGAAUGUUGAAAAUCAGGGUUUAGCAUCAGGUAGAUCCCGGAGAUAUGCUGCUGAACAGGCUAUGCGGGGUUGGCACUCGCAACGUCUUCUUGGCAAUGGUGAAGUUGGUGACCCUAUUAUAAAGGAUAGGAAUGCUGUGUCUGUGCAAAAGCGUGAAAAGCAGCUUAAGAGCAUCAAUGUACCUAAACGUAAGAGCCCAUCUUAUAUGGAUAAUGCAGUCAAAGCAGCACGGAGUAAACCGUCAAGACCACAGUUGGGAACAGCUGUGGUUGACAUAGGACCUUCUGCUGAUUGGGUAAAAGUCAAUGUUCAAAAAACUAAAGAUUGUUUCGAAAUAUAUGCUUUAGUUCCUGGCCUUCUGCGGGAGGAGGUACGUGUUCAAUCAGACCCAGCAGGACGUUUGGUCAUAAGCGGCGAGCCUGAGCAUCCCAAUAAUCCUUGGGGCGUGACACCUUUCAAAAAGGUUGUGAGUUUACCCUCAAGAAUUGAUCCUCAUCAGACAUCAGCUGUGGUAACGCUGCAUGGACAACUGUUUGUCCGUGUGCCAUUUGAACAGUCAGAAUAGUGGUUGUUUAUGCUUUUCUUACAAGUUACAAAUUUCCUGUACUAUUAUUUAUAUUUAUAGGAUAGUUGACUCCGAAACAACAAUUUAGAGGUAUUAUUCAUGGCUUUAAAACAGAUGCCUAUUUAUAGCUUAGGGUAGAAUAUAUAUAUUUAAUGUUAGGGAUGUUUUCUCAAGCAUUACAAUUUGACCGUGUUAAUAUGAGCUAGUUAGGAUUUUGUAAUGCUGAAUGUUAUAAAAUUUGCAUGAUGGUUGGUUCGUUACAUUCCGUUAAGCUGGCCACAAGUAUAAAGUGCUCAAUGCAUACAAGAAAUUUUAAGUUUCAGCGCUCUAAAUUUCACCAUGUUGCGACGCCUACUUCCCACAAGAAGCGUAUUUGGUAAUGUUGUGGUGGUCAAUCUGGACGAGUAGAAACCGCAUCUUAUUGAAAGGCAUUGGCGUGCACUCCUUCACCAUUAUGGCUCUUGGGAUUUCAAUGUUUGAUCACUGGACUCGAGCUUGAGUGAUUUUGAUGACUUGUGAACUCGCGGUAGUGACUCGGCACCAAGUUAAGUAGUCUAAACAUGUAAGGAGUAAUAUACAUGCAUCUUUCCGUACGCAUAGUGUUGGGAUUGUGCACCCUCAAGGAGAACAGUGUUUUCUUGAUGGCUAAAGCUGAACGGUCGAGAUGGUAAAAUAUUGGUUUUUUGUUUUUGUUUUUUUGUUGCUAUCAAUGUAUUAUUGAUAACUUGGAUAGGAGCAUCUUCAAAGUAGAAGUGGAUUUUAGCUAUCUGCAAAUGGAAUUAACCAUCCAAUAGUAGAUAUCAGAGUUUGGUGCAUGAUGAACAAAUUGUAGAGACUUAUUGAAGUUUAGUAGUUAUAGAAACUCAUGUUUUAUUAGAAGAUAAGUUAAUGUAGAUGUUCGUAUCUUAGCUAGGGGCACUUUAGCUGA